UUGUGCUUUGGUUUCUUCCGGUUUGUUGUUUGAAUCGCAGGAUAGCAACUGGCGCGUUAUUUUAAACGUGUCGACGAUUUUGUGGAAGUUAAUGAUUUUUGUUUGUAAUUUAUUGAGGAUCGAAGUGGCGUAUGUAACAUUGGUGCUCAAUGGCUGAUCUUCAAAAUCCAGAUUCAUUGAAUCAGGUGCGAAAAAAACUCGAUGAAUGGGAAAAGCAGUUUAAUCAGUUUGUGUUUGAGGAGUACAAUCGUGACAUGCUAGCAAGAAAACAAGUUUAUAAGGAAAAUGUUGAAAUUGUGACUGAACAAGUUGUUAAAAAAUGCAAGGAAUGUGACAUGUUAUUGGAGAGGCUACAGAUGAACAAAAAUGCUUUGGAACAAAUGAAUGUGGAAAGAGAAAAGAAAGUGGCAGAAAUAUCAAAACUCCGUUCAGAGUUUUCGGAAGGAGGAAAUUUAAAAAGUGAACUAAUUGCACGGAUUGAUCAUCUUCGAGAGGAACAAAUUAAAAAGAAAAAGGCACUGCUUGCUGAAAAUGAGAACAACAAAGCAGCUCUGAAGAAAAUUACUAAAAGUAUAGAUCUUUUUAAGAAGGUGCUGGCCUUGGAAAUCCGAAGACUUCAUGGAGAAAAACUCCAGAUCAUUUUCAGGAACAUAAGCCGUAACGAUCCAGACUGCCCAUACACAUUUGUUCUACAAAUCACUGAAGAAAACAAAUAUAAAGUGACAUCAUCUGAUCCAGAACUUGAAGUUAUGUCACAACUUGAAAGCAAAUUACAUGAAACCAACAACUUCUCUGCAUUUCUUGCCAAUGUCAGAAAACAGUUUGUUGCUUCAUCUGAAAGUUGAACUUUACAAUAGAUUUUAGGUUCUAUCUUUAUUAAAAUAUUUAAACAGUUAAUAUUGUGAUUUGGUGGAAAAAAAACAUUUCAUUUUUAUAAGGCAGUAAAAUGGGCAUCUUUUGGUAUUGAGUUUAGAAACAUUGCUACUAGUGCUUGAUAUCUUGAUUCUUUUAGUGUAAGUGCAUGCUUUUUAUUAUUAUUAAAGUAUGUCUGUGUUCAGAU